AUGAAGUCAUCAGCUAUCUCAGUGUCACUCGAGGAACUACUCUCAAUCUCAUCCGAUGUACGCUCAAAAUAUUGCAAAGCUUGUACACUGGAGAGGAUUCAGCCAGGACCUCAGAUUAUGAGCGCAUGUUAUGAAGCAUCAUCCGAUCUUCCUGUAGAUGCGAUCAUUGCUGCUUCCCAUGAUUCGACCCAUUUUGCUGCUGCCGAACCAGGUUCGAAAUCAAUAGUGCCAGAUCCCUACGAAGUUUACCUACAUCAUAUACACAAGCACAGUGAGCCAGACCAGCUUAUGGUGGCAAAGGAGUCGCAUGCACUAUGUUCAGUCAUUGGCCUCGUUGACAACAAGGAGAAUGUCGAGGCCAUCAUUGACCUAGGAUGCCAGAUCAUUGCGAUGUCAGAGAAUGUAUGCCAUGCUCUAGGACUUAUUUACAGUCCUACGGUCAAGUUGAAUAUGCAGUCCACGAAUGGUGAAGUCAAUCAGUCCCUCAGUAUUGUACACAACAUUCUGUUUCAGAUCGGAGAGAUCAUUCUAUAUUUCCAGAUUCACAUCAUCCGCGCAGCAGCAUAUGACAUCCUAUUGGGCAGACCAUUUGACAUGCUCACCGAGAGUGUUGUUAAAAACUUCUUUGAUGAAAAGCAGACAAUCACGAUCGUGUGUCCCAAUACAGGACAAGUCGCAAUGAUACCUACGGUACUGCAUGGUCCUCUGAAGUUUUGUGGUAAACCCAGCGAGCAGGAUUUUCACUAG